UGGGCCUCAAGCCCCAGAGCACGCGACAUCGCCUUCCAAUCCUCGACAUAUUCUGCAAUUCGUCGUGGACAUGCGCUCUUAGACGGCUGCGCCGCUUCCCUCACCCCAACCUCCCUUGAUCCGCCAUCCGCUCAGGACCUCGAUAUCGUCUGGAGACUCCUUCCACAUAUUUCACCUUCCAUCACAGCCACUGGAACUUGUGGACCCGCGUAUCUUACCGGGCUUGAGCGUGGAUUUUCCGACUUUGGUCUCUCACUUACAAACUUCCAUCCAAAAACCUUCGACCUACAACAGUCAUGUGUGGGAUAAUUGGGGUUAUUCUGGGUGAUACCACAUCGACGUCCGCUGCCGUCGAGAUCCACGAUGCCCUUUACCUUCUUCAACACAGAGGCCAGGAUGCCUGCGGUAUAGCUACGUGCGCCACGGGUGGUCGCUUCUUCCAGUGCAAGGGAAAUGGAAUGGCCUCAAAGGUUUUCCACGAUGGCUCCCGCGUGGCAGAUUUACCCGGCUUCAUGGGCCUUGGCCAUUUGCGUUACCCUACUGCCGGCUCCAGCGCAAACUCCGAAGCACAGCCUUUCUACGUGAACAGUCCGUAUGGAAUCUGUCUCACUCACAACGGCAAUCUCAUAAACGCACCCGAGCUGCGCGAGUUCCUCGACCAGGACGCACAUCGUCACAUAAACACGGAAAGCGACUCUGAGUUGAUGCUCAACAUAUUUGCCAACGAGUUGAACGAGACCGGCAAGGCUCGUGUGAACGCCAAUGACUGCUUUGCGGCAUUGGAAAGGAUGUACAAACGUUGCGUAGGAGGAUGGGCAUGCACUGCUAUGCUUGCAGGUUACGGACUCAUUGGGUUUCGGGAUCCCCACGGGAUCCGUCCCAUUGUGCUCGGCUCGAAGCCCUCGGAAGGCGGAUCAGGAAUGGACUACAUGAUGGCCAGCGAAUCUGUUGCCCUCGUACAGUGCGGCUACAAGGAUUUCCAGGACAUCAAGCCUGGUGAGGCCGUCAUCAUUGAGAAGGGCAAGCCACCCGUUUUUCGCCAGGUCCACCCGCAGCUAGGAUAUACUCCGGAUAUCUUCGAAUAUGUCUACUUCGCCCGCCCGGACACCAUCAUUGACGGUAUCGACGUGGACGAGUCCCGCCGGAACAUGGGAUUCAAACUCGCCGAGACUAUCAAGAAGCAACUGGGCCCUGAGAUCCUCUCUAGCAUCGACGUUGUGAUGCCCAUUCCCGAAACGAGCAUCACCUCCGCGCUUUGCGUCGCUGAAAGACUCGGCAUCGAGUACUGCCAAGGUUUCGUGAAGAACCGCUACAUAUUCCGUACCUUCAUAAUGCCCUCGCAGAAGCUUCGCCAGAAGGGCGUCCGCGCUAAGCUCAACGCCAUGCGCAAGAAAUUCGAAGGCAAAAACGUCCUCCUCGUCGACGACAGCAUCGUCCGCGGCACCACCUCCCGCGAAAUCGUCCUCAUGGCCCGCGAGGCCGGCGCAAAGAAAGUCUACUUCUCCUCCUGCGCACCUCCGAUCACCAACGCCCACAUCUACGGCAUCGACCUCGCCUCAAGCUCAGAACUUAUCGCUCACCACCGCGACUCCCAGGCGAUCGCCCAAAUCAUCGGCGCCGACGACGUCGUGUACCAAACCCUGCCCGAUCUCGAAGCCGCCUGCGCCGCCCUCUCGCCCCGCGACCCGAAGACCCAGAAAUUCGAGGUCGGCGUCUUCUGCGGCAAGUACGUCACGCCCGUCGACGCGUCCUACUUCGAACACCUCGAGCGCAUCCGCGGCGAGAGCCGCAAACUCAAGGUCAUGGAGAGCGCGCGCGAGGCCGUCGUGCAGGGCGUCGCGGGCGAGACGGAGGUCCGCAUGGCGGCGAAAGGCGUGGAGGUGGACCGCCACGGGAACGUCAUCCCAGCUGAUGGGGGCGAUCCCGAGGACUGGCCCACGAAUGUUGGACAGUCGAAUGGCAACGGGAGUGCGGUUGGCAGCGCGAAUGGGGCGGCGAGUCGGCCGGGGGAUUAUGAGACUAGGAGUCGGGUGAAUAGUGAGGAUCAGGUGCGGGUGAAGACGAGUCAGGAUAUUAGUCUUCAUAACUUCAAUGACUUUGAUGGGCAUUGAGAUGGGGGGGCGGCUUCGCGAGAAGGUAGCGGAGAGGGUGGGAUGGAGUGUAUUUUUGCAAUUGGUGGGUACUUUGUGGGCAUUUGGGAGUUCUUCGGACUAGAGUGGCCUGCUGUUUCCUCGUGACGACUGCUGCGCUAGAAGUACAUAUCUCGUCGAUUAACAUCAAAAGCGGUGGGUGGCUGUUGUGCGCGCGAUCCUUACAUAGCGAGAUAAUGAAAGUUUUGCAUGCGUUUCAAUUCGCG